UACGACCCUAAAAUAAUUUAUUUCUCAUAAUAAUACUGAAAUGAAAUAUUCACUAUUAUAAACUUUCCAUCUGAAUGUAUAGCCUAAUAUCAUUUUUUCUAUGUUCUAACCAUGUCAGUGAAGGUGAUUCACUUCAUUUCACGAGUCAGGUGCAGUGUUGGUUUUUAAUUCUGCAUGUGGGAAAGUGUUGGCUCACGUUGUGCUCUGCCAUUUACCAGCUGUUUAGGACCAGGACCUGGUGAAGAGUCGGAUGAUCUCCUGACCAGCAUGGCACGCAUGCCUGUCAUCCUCAAUGUCUAUGAUAUGUACUGGACAAAUGAAUACACAUCUUCCAUUGGCCUUGGUGUUUUCCAUUCAGGAGUUGAGAUUUACAACACUGAAUAUGCAUAUGGUGGGCAUCCUUUUCCUAUUUCUGGAGUUUUUGAGAUCACACCAAAAGAUGCAGAAGAUUUGGGUGAACAGUUCAAGUUCAAGCAAUCCCUGCAUCUGGGCCACACAGACUUUACAGAAGAUGAAGUCAAGCGCAUUGUACUGGACCUGGGCAGGGAAUAUCGCGGUGACCGCUACCAUCUCAUGAGCAAAAACUGCAACCACUUCUCAUCAGCACUCACACAAAUAUUAAUUGGCAAGGAAAUACCAACAUGGGUCAACAGACUUGCCUACAUGUCUUCAUGUGUGCCCUUCCUCCAACGUUGUCUUCCCAAGGAAUGGCUUACUCCAGUUGCACUGCAGCAGAGCAUUGAAAGGCCUAGAGGUAUUGAAAACUUGGGUGAAGAAUGUGCCAGUACAGGCAGCAGCAGCAGCACCAGUCCUAUGGGUCUAUACUCAGCAUCUUCCCUUCUUCAGCAAUCUAAACUACUACACAGAUCUAAUCACCAAUCUACGACCAAUUCCUCGUGUUCCAGUUCCUCUUAUUCUAAGGAUGUAAGCGGCGGUACAGUAAUGAAUAGUAAAGCUUUAGGAGGAAGUUCAGGAGCGUCACGCCCCAACGCUUCGUCUCACGACAGAAAUUCCUUAUAGCACUUGUGCUUCUUGAACUCUCGUGAUGCCGCCCAGUGCUACUCCUCUUGUACAUAAGAACCAGGUACGAAUGAUGAGCUUCUUAUGUGUACAGGGCCCAGUUUUAAACAGAAUUAUUUUCCUGCCAUUGCUUGCGUGCAUGCCUAUUUUAACUCAUUAAAGACCAAGUCCGAAUAUUUUUAACUGGGAUUAUUCCUAAUUCAUCCCCUAGCUCAUUAAGGGACCUGGAAAGUUUUCCAUGCCCUUUUUGUACGAGUAUUACGUCCACGGCUGAUAGAAAUAGCUCAAUUGGCGUCGCGCAAUUUCAAAAUUAAUGGACAUGAACAACUUUUGAUAUAAAUGCACUUUUUAUGUACCUGUGAGGUUGUACUUGAGAUUUUUCUCGAAUGUUCUCCUUGUGCAAAAAAUUAUGAACUUGAACGAUUUAAUAAACUUCUUAUAAUGAGCUUCGAAUUUCCGGAGAUCGCAUCAACCGUGUGCUUAUUU